AUGAAGUCUCCGGCCACCUCAGAACUCGACCACGCCGAAGGCCCAGAUCAAGCAGUACAACAAGAAGUACCAGAAAGUGCUCAUUUUCCUCUCCAUCUUCGUGAUGGCCUACGUGUUCCGGCUCGACGCCGCGGUCAGAAAAACGUUCCAGACGUACGCUACCAACUCGUACAAGGCGCACUCGCUCGUGUCGACCGUGUCGACCGUCCGCUCGGUGGCCGCCGUGUGCGCGCUGAUCAUCUACGGCCGGUGCUGCGACAUCUUUGGCCGCAUGGAGAUCCUGUGUGUGAGCCUGCUGCUGUACGCGGUCGGCUCGGUGAUCGAGUCGCAGGCGUACGAGGUGACGCGGUUCGCAGCAGGCGCGAUAUUGUACCAGAUCGGCCUGACGGGCAUCCAGAUCUGCACUCUGGUGAUCACGGCAGACUUCUCGAACCUCAACUGGCGCACGUUCUGCGUCUUCAUCGACGCCAUGCCGCUCAUCAUCAACACGUGGAUCUCGGGUAA